AUGGCGGAUAACCCCUACCCCUAUGAUACCGGCAUAAUCCGCGAACUGCUCAAGAACAAACGCAAGGUCCGCGGCAUCCGCUCCUGCUUUCCAUGUCGCCAUCGGAAGGUCCGGUGCGAUGGCCAGGUGCCCUGUUCUAGCUGCGUCAAACGCAAUCAUCCAGAGCUGUGUCGCGUACCGAAUGCUGGGUCAGAGGAAGGAACUCAGCAACAGCCAAGCCCGAGCGGUAGGCUCGAUAUAGAGGCAUCCCUGAACCGCAUAAUUGAGGAUCCCCAAGUUCAAUCGUCAACAGACAAUAAUCUCUUGAUUUCCCGGCUGGAGAAGAUCGAAGAGCAGAUCUCUUCAAUCAAGGCCGAUCUCCGCACAGCCUCGGCACCAGCACCAUCAAGAGUCCGUGAAUCCAGUGAAGGACAACAAUCUAGUAUUACCUCAACUCGACUGGCAAGUAAAUCCCCUGGGCGCUAUUAUGUUGAAGACGCGACAGGCGCCACUAUCUACUUGGGUAGCCGCUCGGAUGCCCCGCUGGUCCUGGGCUGUAGACAGCCUGCUACGACAGGGGAUGCAAUGCUACAAAGCUCCAUGAUGGAUCAGUUUGUGCCGCGAGCAUAUCCAUUUACGAAUCUUUGGGGAAUGGAUGCGUCGGCGCAGAACGUAUGUGAGACUCUGCCGGAUGAUUCGGAUAUAAUUCGAUACUGGCAAACUUACCAGUCGGCUGUGUAUCCUUUUUACCCGACUUUGGUAACAGCGGACCAGUUUAGUCAGUCUCUAUUUGGGUUUCUGGACCAGCGAGCAUCUGCUAGGGAGAUGAACCGACAUGUUGAGGAACCCAACAGCUCUUGGUUGGCUUUGCUAUUUGCCGUUCUAGCAUGCGGUGUACAGUUCUCGGACGAUUCGAUCAAAGAAAGGGAUCUCAGGUCAAGGGUAUUCGUCUGUUCAUCAUUUCAGUGCUUACGCUUGUCCAACUUCUUCAAUAAUACCAACCUUGACCAGAUCCAGGCCAUGGCUCUGAUUGGGCACUGUUUGCGCAACAAUUUGGACACUAAUAGCGCUUGGAUUCUAAUGGUAGGUGCAACGAUUCGAUUGGCUCAGAGUAUUGGUCUUCAUGAACCAUCACUCUCUUUGUCGGCGUCGGAACAACAUCAACGAAAUAGGCUUUGGUGGAUGCUCAUCUGGCAAGAUACAUUCCUAUCCUUAACCUACGACCGUCCUCCAAGUGCCAUAACUGGGAUUUUCCCGGUUCCUCUUACGCCCUACACAGAUGGUCUCACUUUCCAAGAAUCAGUUUUCACGAUUUGCAAAAUUAUUCUUGAUCGUACACAACUGGAAAACUCAGGGGACUCACGGCCUCCCAUGGAAAGCGCACUUGAGUCCAGAAGAGAGCUAGAAGCCAUUUGGCAUACUGUUUCACCGUUCCUCAGAGAUAAAAGCCGCUGCACGACGUUGCAGCAACAUCUCGAACGGCUAGCCCUGGGAAUUCACCUUGGCUACGCUAUUUGCCGAUUUACUUGGAUGUAUAUGGAUUCCGCGAGACAGCAGCUCACUGUCCUCCCUGAUACCAUUGAACACGCUGUGCAGCAGGCUAUAAGGCCAGUCGAGAGCUUCUUGGAUUUACACCGGUUCUCCUCGAGUGUGUGUCGGUCCUGGGCAUUUGUGCAUAACGCAGUGAGCUGUGCCAUUACCUUGAAGAGCGCGGUGCAGAUGCUACCAGAGGAGACGAACAGGUCAGAGAUUAUUAUUCAACGGCUUAUCGUAGUUUUGGAGAAAGAAGAAAGGGAGUCGGAGUGGGUUGACACAGAUACGAACCUGCGACAUUUUGGACCUUAUUCGCGGGCGCUGAAAGCGUUGAGAGAAAUCUAUCACGAGACAGAAACGUGA